AGCGAACGACAUGGCGCUUCUCAGAAAAGAAAAUCAUCCGCAGUUUUUUUGAGUGUUGCCGCUUCCAUAUGAAUGUAGUACAACAGCGACCUUGCGCUUGCGGCGAAACGCACAGCACCUCCUGAAUCAUGGUAGAAAUAAUGAAUAACCCUUUAUUUAUUUCCGAAGAAGGAAAAAAUAAAGACGCCUUAUACAAAGAUAUGAAAAUAAGAAAGUGCAUGAGCAGCAGGAGGUGGAGCAUGAUCUUCUAAAGGACGCACUUAGUAGAAGUAGUUCAGCCAAAGAGUGAUCGACAUGCCGAAGUAAGAGUAAAACGGUUUCUUGUCGCCGGGACGACGAUCACAUUUCAAAUACGAUCACCAUCUGCACAAGGAAAACAUACUAACACUUGAGAAGUACACCAUAUCAUUUGCUGGACUCUCUUCGAUACGAUAGGCUCCGUCUCUCCACAGAAAAAGGCAAAAUCAUCAAAUCAGGAGCUUAUGACCUCCAAAAUACGUUCAUGUAGCAUAGCUAUUUCAUUUGCACUCUACAUAGGAUGGAUGCUUAACUACACACCUGUCUUUCAUUUGAGCUUCCUAUGCGACGUGUGCAGCAGCUGUCGCAGCACGUAGUUUCGAAGCUCAGUACAACUGUCGGCCAGGUGGCAUCAACUUGUUCUACCGCGAGGACCCAUAUUAACCACAACCACUCAACCGUAUCAGCGACGACCUCUUCGCCAGCUGCGCCGGCAUCAUCGUAUUCUUGUCCUCACACUAAAACUACUAAGGAGGCAACAUCAAAAAGAACGAUCAUGACCACCUCGGCGCCCUCGCGAGCUUCCGGGCCUUCCGGACCACCCUCAACUCCCGGCACCAAGAAGCUCGGAGACUUGACGGUGACCAACCAACUGCUGAUAUCACAUGUAAAAACGUCCCCACACCAGAGUCGAGAUGGGGAUUUUGCAACACAAACCUUGAAGUUUUGGGGGUCACGCAUGACAAGUUGCAUGGUGCACUGUAGUGCAGCUUAGCAAGGGAAGCAGCAUAGCAAAUCCAUCUCCUUAUCCUGUUUGCAGCAUUACAAGUUCCAAAACACGAUGGAAAAUGCCUCUCAUGGGGAUGCGCAUUACAAAUGCUCCGGUGCUUGCAAAUCUGCAUGACAACUCUGGGGUGGGGAUGUUUUUACAUAGGAUAGCUGAAACAUCUGUCCACUGACCCAGACCAGGGCGUGGUGGAUCCGCACCGGUCUCGUGCGGUCAAGAAGGGGCAUAUCCCCAGUAAAUUUUCCGUACACGUACAAAUGCAGUCUCUGCAUGACAAAACUUGCCUUCAAUCCUAGUCCAGCAUGACAAGUUGGACUCUGCAAGGUAGCGAAAUUUGUCAUGCAUUUUGUACAUGUACAGGAAAUUUACAUUGCAUAGGGCACUACGUAAUCGCCAAGGGCGAGCCGCUGAAGAACCCGUAUUUGGUGUGUUACUCGAAAUCCUUCUAUCCAGAGAAAAAAACCAAUCCACAUCCAUUUUUUGCAUGACAAACACAGAACUUUAUGUAUGUUUUGCAUGACAAAUUUGGUGUGGAAGAUGGGUUUUUUUCUGUGGAUACCUUCGCGCGGGAGCUUGACUUGGAGUACGUACAAUUUGAGAAGGACGAGAACUUCAUGCGAACAUUUUCUGCGGAUUCGACUACCGUUCCGGAGAAGUGGCAGAAAAUGAAUUUCCACCCCUGGGCGACCUGCUACGGAGUCAGCGUCCACGGCUACUGGGCCACCAACUCCCCCUUUGGCGUGUUUGGGUACGGGGACGGCCGCGCCAUGAGCAUCGUGGAGGUGGAGGCCCGUGCGGGCACGCAAGAGAGAACCUGGGAACUGCAGCUGAAGGGGUCCGGCCGCACGGCCUUAUCAAAUGUAAAAAUGUCUGGGUCUGGAAGGAUGCAACUUGUGAUGCAUGUUGCGCAUCAUACGAAAAUCUGGGUUGCGUGACUUGCAAAAGGUGCUCAAAAAUUCUGGCCAUGCUGAGGGGGCAUUUCUCAUGCAGAAGAGGCAUCACAAAGGGGCUGCAGAUCCUGUGAUGCUAGGUCCUGCAUUCCAGACUUAAUGGCGCUUGGAAAAACUGCAUGACAAAUCUCGGAAUUAUCUUCCAGACCCAGACACCUUUACACUUGAUAGGCCUUUAGCCGCAACCACGACGGGCGCGCGGUCCUGCGGUCCAGCAUUCGCGAGUUCCUCGCCAGCGAGGCGUUUUACCACCUCGGCGUGCCCUCCACCCGCGCGCUCUGCCUCUACGCCAGCGGGGACAAGCCGAACAGCCCGCAGACCACCAUCCAGCGGGCCUGGUACGGGGACAGCAGCAUCAAGCAGAACUACCAGAUCAUGAAGACCGAGCCGUGCGCCAUCACGUGUCGGGCGAGUCCCAGUUUUCUACGGGUCGGACAGAUGGAGCUGUUUGCGCGAACCAGGAAAAACCAUAUCAAAUGUAAAAGUGUCUGUGUCUGGAAGGUUGGAACUUGUGAUGCUAGCUUUGGACUCCAAAAAAAUCUGUAUUGCAUGACCAGCAGGAGGAGGCUAGAAGUUUGUGCUACGCGGGAAGGGCAUUCGUCAUGCGGAGUAGGCAUCAGGAAGUCAACUAAAAAUCUGUGAGGCUAGGUCGUGCAUUACAGACAUCCUGGGUCACGCAGAAUAUGCACGACAAACCCGGCAACAUUCCAGACCCAGACAUUUUUGCAAUCCAUAAACCACGAACUGGUACAAAUCGUGAAGUUCGCAAUUUUGCGCGACUUUCCCGAAUAUCAAAUGUAAAAAUGUCUGGGUCUGGAAACUUGUGAUGCUGAGUGGCGUAGCAUGAGGAGGCCACAAGUGCUGGCUCAGCAUGACAAAUUUCUGAGCCCUUGUAGGUGUUGCCUAUUCUGCAUGACAAACUGCGUCUCCGCAUGACAGAAAAAAACGUCUCUUGGGCAAUGUGCAUGACAGAUUUAGGAGUCAUGCCAGACAAGCAUGACAAACAUGCAUUCUUCCAGACCCAGACAUUUUUACAUUUGAUACCGAAAUCAACCACCUCCUGCCUUCGGGGAACGACGACGAGCAUGGGGAUCAGCUUUCGGUGGAUUUGAUUUUCAAGAUGAUCGAGAUUUUUGCCCAGCGCCAGGCGAAGCUGCACACGGAGUGGCUACGGGUGGGGUACAUCCAGGGCAACAUGAACAACGACAACGCCUUAUCCCAUGUAAAAACGUCCCCACCCCAGACUCAAGAUGGGGAAUCUGCUACACAAAUCAUCAACCAGCUUUGGCUGUUUCGCAUGACAGAUUUGGCCUCCUCCUGUAAUCCUGUUUAGCUAGUUCAGCAGCAUUGCAGACCUUCCCUAUCAUGCUGAUUCGUGCAUCACAAAUUCCGAAACAGCACUAGAAAACGCGUCUUCUCAUGGGGUUGCGCAUGAGAAACAUUUGAAGCAUGCGUAUUUGCAUGCCAACUCCGGGGUGGGGACGUUUUUCCUCACAAUACGCCUUGCUGUGCGGGCGGACGAUGGACUUCGGCCCCUUCGGCAUGCUAUGGAAUGCAAAAGAAUCGUACUAGUAGUAAUUGCAAUACAAAUUCUCGCAGCAUGACCACAAAGGGAAUUUGUCAUGCUGAUUUAGCCUGGGAAAAAAAUUUGUCAUGCUUAGCUGCAAUUCCAAUUGUACGAGUGCGAUGCUUUUGCAAAGGAUACAUGCUGGAGGAGUACAACCGGAUGCAGCAGAUCUGGGAGGGCGACAUGGAGGGCAUAUCAAAUGCAAAUAUGUCCGGGUCUGGAAAGAUGAAAGGUUUGUCAUGCUCUGUUAGCAUGUUUCUCAGGUUUGUCAUGCAGAUCACCCAAAAGCACUUGCUUUCUGUCAUGCAGAAGCCCAGUUUGUCAUGCAGAAUGUACAACACUGCAGUAUCUCCAAAACUUGUCAUGCUCGGCAGCCAAUUGAGGCGUGCUCCUCUUUGUCCAACCACCAUCACAAGUUUCCGGACCCAGACAUAUUUGCAAUGCAUAGGGCAAGUUUGCGUACAAAAACCAGCCGCUGGCCGGGCAGGUGAUUCUGAUAUGACACUGCACAACUCCCCCUCCCCCUCAUUUGUAUUGCACGACCUAUCGACCCUGGAGCCUGUGCAAGACAAAUUUAUGCUCGUGCCUACCGUAGUACUUCUACUGUUCUUUGGGCUUUCGAAAGUUGUCAUGCAGACAGUGCCACAGGGCAGCGACUGGAUUUGGGAUUUUGCAUGACAAAUGAGGGGGAGGGGGAGUUGUGCAUUGUCAUAUCUGAUGACGCUGUGUCAGGCGAUGGUAGCGGUGUUUGCGAACGACGAGAAAAAGCAGGAGUCGCUCAUCGAAAAGAUGCAGAAGCUGUUGCAAGGGUACCCGGAGAUGUGGAAAAAAAACCACUACGAAAAUUGCCGCAAGAAAUUGGGUCUGGAAUCGUGGAACGACGACUGUUUGAAGCUCUACGAGGCGUUGGAAACAGUAAUGGAGAAAGACAAGCUGGUAUCAAAAGGAAAAAUCCUCCCUCCGCAUAUCAAAACGAAGUUUCUGAUGCUGGAUGUGCGCAAACAAAUCAGAGCUGUCUUGCAGUAGAGGACUGCAGGCAACUUAUGCCGUGCCUGAGUGCCGAGCUUGUCUCUGACGUGGACGCUUAGCAUCACAAAUGUCUAUGCUGUAGCCCAAGCAGCAUCACAAACCGCCCGCGUGAUGCGGCGGAGACUCCACAGCUGCCUUCUUGCAAGACAAAAAGACUUGUGGUCACAAAUCAGCAUUACAAAUUUUCUGAGGCGUACUUUUUUGAUAUGGGGAUGGGGGAUUUUUCCUUACGAUAGCUGGACUUCACGCACUUCUUCCGGGCCUUGUCGAAUCUCGCUUUGGACGAAAACUUCGGGAAAAACACCGCUGCAAACGCCGACGUGAUUUUCAAAAAUGCGUUUUACUACAAGAAUUUCCAAUCCGACGCGGGUAGUAGUACCAGCACGACGGGCAGCUCCUCAACGGGAUCCAAAUUGUCACCAAACUGUAGGUAUCCUGUGCAAAAGUAUCGUACUCGUAUUGCAGUCAUGCGUUACUUAAGGUAAAUCACCAUUACAAAUUUUAUUUUCCAUGCUGAGGAAAUUUGUAAUGCAUUUAUACGAAUACGAUACUUUUGCAAUGCAUAGCAGGAAGUGGCUGGACGACUGGACAGAAAUGGUGAAGAAGGUGAACAAAAACAACAGUGAGAAACCAAUUGUAGCCGAGAUGAAAGCGACCUCCCCCGCAGUAAUCCCGCGCAACUGGAUGAUAUGCAAUACAAAUUUCCUGUACAACACGUAAACGUAUGUACCAGAUGCAUCACAAAGUUCGGCAACUUCAGGGUGUAAAAAAGGCUUGUCAUGCUCCUGUAUACGUAGGGCUCUUGCUGGCAGUAUUUUUGUCAUGCAGAUGAAAGCGCACUGGUACGUAACGUCGUGUACUACGGUGUUGAGUUUACUGUGGAUAAAAAAUGGUGUUGGCCUACGAAGCUGCGGAACAGGGCGACAUGUCCGUCGUCCGGGAACUUCACGAGCUGUUUGAGAACCCAUACACCGAUUCCCUGCCCUGUAAGUGGAACACCCGCUCGCCCGAUUGGCAGUUUGGGAAAGCCGGCGUGCGCGUGAUGAGCUGAUCCUCAUAAAGUCUGGACGAGUGAUACUGUAUGCGGAGAAGUUGUCGUCGUUUUUUCAAGACUAUCUUCUCUACAUCCAAAUAUCGUCGACGUCCAGGCGCGAAUUGGAACCAGGUGAAAUUAUGCGUCUGUUGAUAUCUUAUCAGUCGUAUGAUCUCUAAUAUCCCAAUCAAAUUUAAUUACCGCUUGUUUCUAUGUAUGAUCAAGAUCAAGUGGAGCUGAUUGUAUUUUACGAAGGUUGAUAUAGAACCGCUUGAAAAUCAAAAUGCGUACGGAAAGUACGCUAUACGCUAUGUGAUACAUGUCCACGUUCUAUCGUUGUGAUAUUCCCGUAGUAGGAGUAGGAAUCUGUUGCUUUGCGCACCAGAGACCUUUCACCAUGGGGAUUGAUUUUUCAUAAGGGAGACAAUAGAAGAAUAGCACCUAUUUCUUUCACCGUACAGAUUUCUGUGAAGAACUUCGAUUAUAGCUUUUUUGCUACUAGGAUCAUAACGACUUUCGUUUUCCUCGAGUGGUUUUGUUCUUUUUCAUGAGAAACUCUUUCUAGCACACAGAGCCACUAGAGUGGGAAAAAAGGACUGAGACGACAACAUCCAAUAAUGAAAGCUGAAUACUUUACAUUUUAGAGUAACAAACUCAAAUUCCAACAAGGCUCACCAAGACCAGCGUGCGCGUAUGC